GCACUAACAUUACUACUCGGGUCAAAUGGCCCUAUUAGUAACGGCUCAGUCCUCCCAAUCUUUGAAUGGCACACCCGGUACAUGUUCUCGAUGAUUGAGAAAAUGCAAACCGAGAACAUCAAAUGCUUCACCCCCAAGGUCGACUACGUAAAUGAAUUUUUUAGCUACACCCAUGAACUGAUGAAGAGACUCGCCUGGUCAGCAUCUUGCAGUUCAUGGUUUAAGAUGGGGAAGAAAGAUGGUCCGGUGACUGCUUGCUGGGCUGGCAGUCGGCUUCACUACUACGAAGUGAUGAAGAAUGUUAGAUGGGAGGACUACGACAUUACGUAUUGGACCAAGAAUCGAUUCCAAUUUCUGGGUAAUGGAUAUACGCAGUGCGAGCUAGAUCCCGAGGGGGAUCCGGUAUGGUAUUUUGAUGAUCCUUUUGUCAGUACCUAGAAUCAAGCCGUCGAAAUGCGGCGGUCUAGUAAUAAAUGGACGAUCACGAAGGUCUCGAAGUUGAAUGAUAGAUUUGUUAAAGCCAAUCAAUGAUGCU